UAUAUAUCCUUUGGCUUACUUUCAAUUUCAUUUUAAAUGAUAUGCAUUUUCCGUCAGUGUAGUUGUAUAAUCCUUUCACCGUUUUAACACAUUAUAACGCAGUAUCAUUAUAAUCUCCUCGUCGUAUGAUCCAUGAAACUGAAUGGUAAGUACUACAUUCUUUUUUACUUAAAAUGGAACGCGAAAUCGGGAUUUGUCUUGAUUGUCAGGAUGGAGGUUUCAACAAGGACAGAACAAUUUAAUUGGUUGUAUUGUAUUGAUGUCUGAAAUGGCACAUGCACAGGCCAACUAUAGAAAAUAUUAUACUACAGUGAUUGUGCUCCAACGCGUUAUCAACUUCAAAGUUGCUGUUUAAUAGUUUAAGCAACCAUGCUUGAUAAGAUUACAUAUUAAGAAUUAAAGAUUUUAAACAAUUGUUUAAACGGCUAAUGAAUUUAACUGCGUAAAGAUUGAGGUUGCGGAUACUUAAGUAGGGAGUAUAGGUUGGAAAUUGUCUCAUCUUCAUGCAAUCUAGUUUGAAAUCACAGUCACAUAUUUAUUUUCACAUUAAUCGAUGCAAGCUUAUCCACUUUUUGUUACAUGCACCAUCUGCAAGUCAAUAAUUAUAGUUCUGAUAUUGAAAGGGGUUGUUAAAUUCAUUCAAGAUCUUUUUUUUUCUUGCAGCUGUAGCUGUAUAAUCAUAAUUUCAAACAUUUUAGGUCAGACAGACAGGAAUCGCCUGAUAUUGUUAAGCUAAUCGGUCGCUUAAUUGCUGCGAUAAUGAUAGUGGUUGUGCUGGUGAUUUGUUUUUGCCUGAUUGCUAAGAAAGCAACCAGAGGACUUACGGCUUAAGGUGCUCUCCGAGGGACCUGGUAAUGAUUACUCCAGUCAUGAGAAUCCAUUGCGGACGCUUAAUACCAUGGUCACAUUUGAUCUACGGCGGGGGUACGGCGCGUCGAAAACAACCGUUUCAACAUUUUUUGUACCAGCUACAUUUAGGUGGUCUGAAUUGAAAUUAAUAAAACGGCUAGCUGUUGUCGACUCGCCGUACGGCCGCCGUAGAUCAUAUGUGACCAAGGUAUAAGUUACAAUCUAUGUUAGCUCCAUGUUACCAGGCAAUAUACCGAUGCUCAUGAAAUAAGAAAAAAGUCAAGGUUUUCUAUUGAAACAUUAUUGCAUGCACUGACAGCAUAUCGGGAUCCCGCGGCUCAGAUUUUUUGCCAACCUAUCCACAAAGUUUCUCAAUGCCUUUAGCAUACUAUAUGAUAUAUUUAAAAAUAAAUGUCAUUUUCCAUUUAACAGGUGUUAGAAAAGGAAGCUUUAACUAUUUUACUAUGGCGUCGACAGAUCAAAACACUCCGCUUUUGAUCAAUACAAGGCGACAAGUUACCGUUCAACUAUCUUAUAGUUACCUGUUCGUUCAGAUCAAUAGAGUGAGAGAAGGCCCUAGCAACCCUAGUCCCAUCGAAUCCUUCUUCAGAAGUUUACUAAACACAAUUCUUGUAACACUGUUCCUGACCAUCUUUCUCUUCCUUCCCUUCGCAAUGAUCACAAUUGGAGCCAUACACAGUGUGUUAGAUUGUCCUGCCCAGCCCCUCAUUCCAGACUACCUGAUGGUGAUGGGAACGCUUUUGCUUGUGAAGUUAGUCAUGUACCACAAGGCAUGGCUCCAGCGCAGACAGCUUGAAGAGGGAGGUGAUCAGGCCGGCUCCACGCCGAGUCAAUUUGUGAGCGGGCUCGGCAACCUGAUCAGUCUGCUCUGCUUCGCAUGUUUGAUAGCCGGGAGUGUGUUGGUCUACCUCAUCUACAGGCCCAACACCACGGACAGCUCUAGCGAUGACUACUGCCACCCGACGCUCUACUACUUUGCCUUCUGGGUGUCCACGGCGUACUGUAUCUUUAUUGCUUUAUUUUGUUUCUGUUGCUGUUGCGUCUACUGCCUUGGCUCGUGUGCCUUUGACGAGGUUGAACAACACCCUAGACGAUCACUAUGAUGUAGACAGAGAGAGAGAAGACGAUUUGUUGCUGUCGGUAAUAGUAUGGAGUUUUGCAACCACUUGGCAGAGGUUUCCUGGAACGUAAAGAAUAUAUUGUCAAAAGCCGUUCGUGCAUGGUGACGUCGUCGAAUAUCGGUGAAUCAAAAUAGCAGUGUCGUCCUGGGGAGCGUUCCAUGAAAGAAGUCGCUUAGACGGUUUAUCCGACAAUUCCUGUUUAAUCCGACACUUACCAUAGAAACAUUGUUUCUCAGCCAUAAUUAAAGAAUCAAGGAAAGUUGUUAGAUCUGACAACUUGCCAGAUGAAAAAGUUGAUGACACCCUUUUUUGUCGGCGCCGUUCACCAAUUUUCGACGAAGACCUCUAAGCUGUUCAUUGUUGAUUCGACGGGCAUUUUCAGUACAUUUACUAGGUUGUAGAAUCCAUCCCUGUUGCGAUUGUAAAAAAUCGCAAAUAAAAAUGGCAGGACAUAGGCGCCUUCCAUGAGCAUGAGGGAAAACAAGUUGCCUGCAACAGCAAUGGAGUGGGGAGGGGGGGGGGGGUAAAUCUAUGGCUGGAAUGCUAUGCGGUUUCUGUAUUGACAAAACUGCAUCCCCUCCCCGUCGUGGUGUACACUGUCAAAUAUAUUGGGUAAAAUUUUAACCAGUACGAAUGUAAUUGUGUCCAAUCAAUUCGGGCAAUAUUUUACCUAAUGCAGGAAGCAUAUUGUCCAGUAGGGUUAAAAAAAAAUAAGCAGCAAUUACUUUAGAAUGGGCGAAAUUUUCAUCACACUGGAUAAUAUAAAUGCCCAAAAGAUAUGCCUGAUGUUACCCUCGUGGAGCAUUUUACCCAACAUUCUUUAGAGUGUAGCGGCUCUGUCUCUCGCCUUGUAAUCAGAGGGUCGUGUGUUCGAAUCCCACCACGGCCUAGCGUCCUUUGGCAAGGCGUCAUUCCACAAUGAGUACCCAUAGGAAACAACCGCCAUUGUGGUUGGUUUAGCCAUGGACCUAUAAUGGUUUAGCGCCUGUAAUUGUGCGCCUAUAUACCAGGCUACUAGAAAAAAAUCACGAAUCCAGUGACCGGGUUAUAAUAAUUUAUUAUAUAUUAUAUAAUUCAUUAAUUUUCUGCGGCUUCAUCCAUUCCCUUUUGCCUCAGCUACCCCACCCUUCAAAUUUAAAGUGUGUCUAUAGUUAAUCUUAGCCUGUUAUCCUGUAUUAAGAUAUUUUAAUAAAUAAUAAUAAAAAAAUAAAAAUAAAUAUAGAUACACUAGUGAAGCAAAACAAAAAAAUGGAGACAUAGCCUGGAUUUCGUCAACUUGUAAUACAAGCCUUCGGCCUGCAUGACGCCCUAUUCGUGUAUCUUAAAAUUUAAGAGAAAGAUGUCUAUAUCACAUAACACACCAUGCAGCAUAAUUACCAAAUACAUAUCUGAUGAAACAGUUAUUGCAUAAUAAUUCUUAAAGUGGUCAAAUUGAAUUAGGUUUUUGCCAGAUCUAUACAGGCAUCUUACGAA